AACGCUGAAAUGUGACCCGGAAAUACUUUUUUGUGUUGCUGACACUACUAGUAAUAAUAAACUAGCUAGCUUUUGAGGAGCUGAAAAUGAAAUUCAUUCUUUAAGCCCCAAGUGAUAGUGAUACCUUGGACAUGUCAUUGACAGCCUGUGGAACAAUUCUGAAUGGGGAGACUUGCUGCUGAUAACUGACUGCAAGUCACCUUUUCCCUGCAGUGGACUCUGACAGCAUCUACCAUUAUUCCUGCUAAUAAUUAACCUGACAUGUCUCAACCGAAGGAGUCAGGUGAUCGUGGGAAAGAAAGGGAGCGAGGAGCACGUCCCAAGGUGAGACAGAGCCGAUCUGAGGAAAGACGGGAUGCUGGGGGCGGCGCAAAAGGGGGAAGAGGGAAAAAGAAAGGCCAGAUGUCCUAUGAGCAAGCUGCGGAGCGGCCUGUAAGUGAUGGGUUUGAGUAUGGGGACCUGCUGAGUGGUCUGGAGCCCAGGGACCGCAGCUCCUCCUCUCCUCUGAAGAGCAGGCGGUGGCAGGGCCUGGAGGGAGCCACUUCACUCAGUCAAGACAGAGGGACAGCCAGGUUGGCACAGGGGACAGCGGAGACGUCAGCCAGUGAGGCUGAUAGCAAGGGGGCAGGUGGCAGCCGCACACUUCGCCAAAAGAUCCAGGAUGCCAUGGGGCAGUGUUUCCCAAUAAAGAUCCACACUCCCUCGCCGUCAUUGUCCAGUUCCACUCAGCAAGUCUUCGUGCCACAGGCUGCUUCCAGCGCUGCCUCCUCACGCCGGAAGAUCCACCUCAGUGAACUUAUGCUGGAUGACUGUCCCUUUGCUGCAGGCACUGAGCUGGCUCAGAAGUGGUACCUCAUCAAGCAGCACACAGCCCCCAUUUCCACACCUCCCCUGCUGGACAUUUUGGUAGUCAGCACCAGUGCCUCUGCCUCAAACAUGGCUGCCGUGGUGGAAGAUGUGGAUGACCGAUUGCGAGAGCGCAGGCGCAUCAGCAUUGAGCAAGGUGUGGAGCCUCCACCCAACGCUGAGAUCCACACUUUCGAGGUGACUGCCCAGAUCAACCCCCUGUACAAGUUGGGUCCCAAACUGGCCCACGGUAUGAAUGAGCUGGCAGGGGACGAGAGGGCUACUAUUCAACAGCAACAGCAGCUGCUUCUCCAGCGGCAACAGCAGCACCAGCUCCUGCUGCAGAGCUGCCUGGACACUCUGGAUGAGGUGGUGGCUGUCGCCUCCUCCUCCUCAGCGUCUGCUUUGGUCCCUGUCUGCGAGGCCACCGCUGUCUCUGACCCUGUGGCUUAUCCUGAGGACACAGCCAGCAUCCAGCCAAGCAGGGCUGUUGUCCCCCAGAAUGAGCAUCCCCCUACUCAGGACGGCUAUCGCAUCCACACCCAGAUUGACUACAUCCACUGCCUGGUGCCCGACUUGCUGCAGAUUACUAACCUGCCCUGCUAUUGGGGUGUGAUGGACCGCUAUGAGGCCGAGACUCUGCUGGAGGGCAAGCCAGAGGGCACCUUCCUCCUGCGCGACUCGGCCCAGGAAGACUACCUUUUUUCCGUCAGCUUCCGUCGCUACGGCCGCUCCCUGCACGCCCGCAUUGAGCAGUGGAACCACAACUUCAGCUUCGACGUGCACGACCCCAGUGUGUUCCAUGCACCCACGGUCACCGGUCUGCUGGAGCAUUACAAGGAUCCCAACUCCUGCAUGUUCUUUGAGCCCCUGCUGUCCAACCCUAUCCAUCGCACCCAGCCCUUCAGCCUGCAGCAUGUGUGCAGAGCAGUGAUCAGCAGCUGUACCACCUAUGACGGCGUCAACGUGCUGCCCAUCCCCAACACCCUGAAGAAACACCUGAAGGAGUACCACUACAAGCAGAGGGUCCGAGUACGGAGGAUGGACACCUGGUGGGAAUAACCAGGACUUCCUGUGGAAGCCAACCAGAACUAGGCUAUACUGACUAAGCGUUCUCUGGAGGCAAGCCUCCUUCUCUGGACAAGUUAACACACUCCAUUUUCUUCCGUUGGUCUUUUUUUAUUAUACCUACUGGACUGCAUAACUACCUGUUUUAUUUAUUUUGUUGCUGUAUACUGUAUAUCUAUCACUUAAACUCUGCAGAUAUUAAUUUAAAUCACAACAAACAUUCACAUUUUUAUUUGCUCUCAUUAAACUUCUGAUUCAUUCUAACAAUG